ACUCUAGCAAUUAAAGCUUCACUUUUCUUAUCUUAUCUGUUUUUCUGUUUGUUUUCUAGAGAGAGAAAGAGGAGAGAGAGAGAGAGAUGGCUCAAACCAUGGGAAGGAACAUGGCAGCUCCACUGCUGUUUCUCAACUUGAUUAUGUAUUUCAUUCUCAUAGGUUUUGCUAGUUGGUGUCUUAAUAGAUACAUCAAUGGCACUACCUACCAUCCUAGUAUGGGAGGCAACGGAGCGACGCCGUUUUUCUUGACAUUCGCAAUGCUGACGGCGGUUCUCGGCGUAGCGUCGAAACUCGCCGGCCUCUACCAUAUCAGAGCCUGGAGAAGCGACAGCCUCGCCGGCGCCGGCUCAGCUUCCAUCAUCACCUGGGCUGUAACUGUUCUAGCUUUUGGGUUGGCCUGCAAGGAAAUCAGCAUAGGAGGGCAUAGAGGGUGGAGGCUGAGAGUGGUGGAAGCUUUCAUUAUAAUAUUGGCAGUCACUCAGCUGCUGUAUAUUUUGCUGCUCCACGCUGGAAUCUUCAGCCGCGAGUACGGCCCGGGGUAUCGGGAGACAGACUACGGCAUGGGAGGAGGGACGGCCGCCGGCGAGGUUCCGAAGGGAACCGCCGGGACCAGGGUGGUUUAGGACACAAGGCUGUGUAUUAUAUCAGUGGGGUUUAGGGUUUAGGACCUCUUGUUUCGUUUUUCUGUUUUAUCUUUUCUAAGAAUAUGGUUUUUGGGUUCUGUAAUAUCCUCCAAAUGCUUCAAUGUAGGGAUCAAUUUGCUUACAAGUUUCUAGCUAUUUUAUAUUUGGAUGGUUUAAUAAGGAUGUAAAUGUAAUGGUUCAAUAUUUCCUACGUUUCAGUCAACAGAACAGAUAUAUGUAAAAAGAUUCAGUCAACAGACGAAUCCAUCCAUCAUCAGAGUCUGAAGUUCAAA